UUUACAACAUGUCUAUUUUGCUUAGAGACAUAUCACUAAUAUUAAAAAAAAAUAAAACAGUCUGUUUUAAGGAAAGAGUAAAUGCCAGGUUUGAUCAACAAAAUAAAUCGCGAGUGUUAAAGCAUCCCCGAAUAUGUCCAGCUGUUGUGGUCUAAAAGCGUCGCAAAAGGUUUCGAGUACAAGGGGAACAGUCUGCUAACGACACUUCUUUUACGGCAAACGGAAUAUGGCGGAGGGAGAGAAAUCCCCAGACGGACUGGACCUCAGCAAGGAAUGGCUGCAGGCUGCGGACAGCAGGGCGGAGCUGCUCCUCUACCUGAAGGAGCAGGUGCCUCAGAUCUUCUGCUUGAAGAAGGAGUCAAGCCCCCAAGAGAGAGAGGAGAUCAUGCAGAGCCUACUCUUCCACCCCCUAGAGUGUUUCUUGUUUGGAGAGGAUCCUCAGGAGGGUCUGGAGAAGCUCAAGCAGGGAAGCACCUCCUCCCAGCUCUGUGGACGCGUCUUCAAAGAGGGCGAGACAGUCUACUCCUGCAGGGAUUGUGCAAUAGAUCCCACUUGUGUUCUGUGCAUGGAUUGCUUCCAGGACAGUGUGCACAAAAGCCAUCGUUACAAGAUGCAUGCGUCAUCAGGCGGGGGGUUCUGUGACUGCGGGGAUGUGGAGGCCUGGAAGAUCGGCCCCUGUUGCUCCAAACACGACCCAGGGGCAGCCACUGCCAUGGUUACGGAUGAGUGUGUUUUGGAGCCUGAGUUAUAUGAGCGCGCUGAGAAGCUGUUCCGGGUUCUUCUGCACUACCUCACGGAUUUCUUGGUGUGGGAGGAGAACUUUGAGCUAUCAGCCGAACUCCAGCCCCGACAAAAAGACAAUGCGUACUACUGUGUACUGUACAAUGAUGAGCACCACUCGUACGACCAUGUCAUCUACACCCUGCAGCGUUCUGUUAACUGUGAUCAGACUGAAGCACAGACGCACACACAACUCAUUGAUAAGGAGGGUCGGCGUGCAGUGAAAAGAGGAACCCUUCGUUCCUGUCAACAAGCAAAAGACCUUAUCAGGUCCAACUCGGAACACAUUUCCCUGCAGCCACUGCGUGUGGAGAUCCUCCACGCCGCCAUAAUGGCUCAUCAGACGUUUGCUCUGCGUCUCGGCUCCUGGUUCCAAAAGAUCAUCAGUUACUCAGCUGGGUUCAGGCAGGCCUUCUGUCAGGUGGCACUAGAGCCAGGCACAGAUGGAGACCGUCCUUGUCUCAUCAGCAGACUCAUGCUGCACGACGCCAGGAUGUACAAAGGAGCUCGCAAGAUAGUACACGAGCUGAUCUUCUGUAGCAUGCUAUUGGAGACAGAGUUCAAGAGGCAAUUUGCGUUUGAGUUUACAAAGCACUUUAAGCAGCUGCAGAAGGACUUUAUCCAUGAUGACCAUGAUAGGAGUAUAUCCAUCACCGCUCUGUCUGUUCAGAUCUUCACUGUACCCACGCUGGCCAGACAGCUGAUUGAAGAGGGCAACGUCAUAAAGGUGGUAGUUGAUACAGUUAUGGAAUUGCUGCGUGAACAUCUGGAUGACAACAAUCGUUUCUUCUUCCUGGGCUACAACUCAGACAAGUUCUCACGCAUCCAGGUCAUCUUCCACGACCUCAGAUAUAUCCUGAUCAGUAAACCCUCAACAUGGACUGACGAGCUGCGGAGACAGUUCCUCGAGGGGUUCAAAGUUUUUCUUGGGUUUCUCAAAUGCAUGCAGGGUAUGGAGGAGGUGAAGCGCCAGUUUGGACAACACAUUGCAGUAGAGCCAGAGUGGGAAGCUGGAUUUUCUCUUCAGAUCCAGCUCCGUCACAUUCUUGCCAUGUUUCAAGACUGGUGUUCCUCUGAUCCCGAGAUCUUGCUGCUUGCAUUUAAAGAGUGCCACAAAGACCUGAUGCAGUGCAAUCACCAGCCUUUCCGCAGGGAGGCCAUUGACUUCUACAUGUGCAAGCACAUCCUCCAUGUCCGCCCGUACAAAGUGUCUCAAGAGCCGGUCAGCAUACAUCUGCCCAUCUCCAGGCUGCUGGCUGGCUUGUAUGUACUUCUGUGCAAAACAGGAGCAAUUGGACAUCUGGACAAUCCUGAGAUUUAUGACUAUACCCAGCUGGUGGAACAUCCUCUGCGCUGUGUGGUGCUGGCUGCUCAGGUCUCAGCAGAGAUGUGGCGGAGAAACGGACUCUCACUGGUCAGCCAGGUCUACUACUACCAGGAUGUAAAAUGCAGGGAUGAGAUGUACGACAAGGACAUUCUCAUGCUUCAGAUAGCUGCUUCCAAGAUGGACCCCAACCACUUCCUCAUGCUGAUCUUGUUGAGAUUCGAGCUCUUUGAUUAUUUUAAUGGAAGCUGUUCAAGCAAAGACCAGGACGAAUUGAUACAGUGGAAUCGAUUGACGGAGGAGAUGUUGUACCUGCUGAUCGUCAUCGUUGGUGAGCGCUAUGUCCCUGGGAUCAGUCAGGUGACCAGAGAGGAUGUGACGAUGAGGGAGGUUGUCCACCUGUUGUGCAUUGAGCCCAUGGCUCAUAGUAGCCUGGUCAAAGGGCUGCCAGAGAAUGAAAGCCAUGAAACAGGCCUGGAGACGGUAAUCUCCAAAGUGGCCACCUUCAAAAAACCAGGCGUAUCAGGACACGGAUUAUAUGAAGUAAAAAAAGAGCUUCAGGUAGAAUUCAACCCUUUCUACUACCAUUAUUCAAGAUCCCAGCAUAGCAAGGCAGAAGAAUCUCAAAAGAAAAGGAGAACUCAUGAGGGGAAUGAUAAAGCUCUUCGUCCCCCGCUGCCCCCAGCCUUCUGCCCGGCCUUCUCCAACAUAGUGCGUCUGCUCUGCUGUGACAUUAUCGUCCACAUCCUAAGGCGCGUCCUGCAGAGAGCCGCAGAGGAACGGGCGACUCACUGGACAGAAGCCAUGAUCCAGAGGGCCCUGCAUGUGAUUGGUCAGGCAUUGCUGGAAGAGAAAUCACAGCUUGAGGACAGCACUGUGGAGGAAGUGACCUUUGAUUUCAGCCUAAAGGCUCGCAGAAUUGGUUCAGAACAUGGCAAGUCCAUGUUCCUCUUGUUGGCCAAGAUUAAGGCUCUUCCUUCCCUUGAAGCUCAGAAAGACAUGGUCAAAUGGGUUCUACAGAUGUUUGAGAUUGUCAAGUGCCUUAGAGAGAAGUCCAGUCCAACAGCUUCCAUGAGUGUGGAGACGACCAAGCCAGAGGAGGUAACAAAAAUCAAUAGCGUUCAGGACAAGGAGAAAGCUGAGCGGAAAAGGAAGGCGGAGGCAGCCAAACUCCACCGUCAGAAGAUCAUGGCCCAAAUGUCAGCAAUGCAGAAGAACUUCAUUGAGUCCAACAAGAUGCUGUACGACAACAUGCCUGACAGUGGGAUGCAGGGAGAGCCUGUCACAAUCGCUGAUAGUUUGGGUUCCGGUAAUUCCUCUAGCUGUCCCAUGGAGCAGAGGGAGCUGUGCGUAGCCAUCGGGCCCCAACGAGGGUCGACCCCAGCGGAGAGGGAGCUACUGACCUGCAUUCUUUGUCAGGAGGAGCAGGAAGUGGUGGCUCAGGGGUCGGCCAUGGUCCUGACUGCGUGUGUCCAGAGGUCCACGGUGCUGACACAGUGCAGAGGAAAGAUACUGACCAACAGAGCAGACGGGUCGGGGACAUCGUAUCCUCGGUUCAUGCUUCCUGAUCUGGCGGUGGGGACCCACACUGGCAGCUGUGGGCAUGUCAUGCAUGCCACAUGUUGGCAGAAAUAUUUUGAGGCAGUUCAGAAUACAACCAGGAACCGUCUCCACACUGAGCUGAUCAUUGACCUGGAGAACGGCGAGUACCUGUGUCCCCUGUGCAAGUCUCUGUGCAAUACCGUUGUUCCCCUCAUCCCGUUGGAAUCACUAACAUUUAACUAUGAGAACGCAGAAAUAAUUGGACAGCAUUUGACCAUGCCUCGCUGGAUCCAGAUCAUCUCUGCCAGGAUCAAAGGACUGAAGUCAUUCACUCAGGAUAAUGAUUGCAGCGCAGAGGGAAAUAGUGCUGAAGGGGAAACGGGGCUGUGUGGACAGGGCCAGCCGGACUUCAGAUCCAUUCUCAGCUAUGGAGUACAAGAACCGAGAAAGUUCUCGGACAGCAUAGCGCAGAUGCUCGUUGUGUGCGCCACCACGGUCCACCGGGUGGGAUUGCAGACGGCGCCCAAUGAGCUGUGUCCUCGUGUGCCCCUUAUGGCCUGGAAUACAUGUGCCUUCACUAUUCAGGCCAUUGAUAACGUUUUGCAGGAAGAGGAGAAAUCGCUCUUUGGGUCCUUACAAAACAGACAGCUUGCCGGUCUGAAAGCAAUAGUUCAGUUUUCAGCAUCCCAGAGACUUAAGAGCUCUCAGACUGUAAUCCAAAGGCACUUCACAGACAUGCUGGGGGUAUUGCUGCCGGUUCUGAGUAGAAAUAACACCCCAUCCCUUCUCGAGGUGGACUUCUUCCAUCUGCUGGUGGGGUUGGUGUUGUCUAUACCCUCACUGUACCAGGAGGAGGCAGUAGACUUACAGCCGUCUGCCGUCAGCUCUGCCUACAACCACCUGCACAUCCUGCAUCUGGUCACCAUGGCGCACAUUACACAGAUCCUCCUGUCCUCUACAGAUUUCAACCUUGUGGCGGGUGGAGAGGAGACGGAGGAGGUGAGGGCAGCAGCAGAGCUGCACAGUGCAGUGUCACAACACACUGGGAGGCUGGUUCCAGAUGUGUCUGGUAGCUCUGUCGCAGAAAGAGUGAAGAGAGGAAUUGAACCUUUCCUGCGCUGUGCUGCUCUGUUCUUCAAUUGCCUUACGGGAGUACAUCCUCCAGAGGAACUCUUAAGUACUUCUGUUACCUCCCAAGGACAGAUGGAGGCACUAUGCAAUUAUCUGGCACUACCCUCCAAUGUGUUCCAGCUCUUCCAGGAGCACAGAGACACCGUUAAUCCACUGCUGCAGAGGUGGUGUGGGAGCCCAGCUGUAACCAAAGCCCUGAAAGACAAAACCCAGACUGUCAGAUACCCCAGGAGAAGGAAUCGUUUGAUCGAUCUUCCUGAGGAUUACAGUGCUCUUCUCAAUCAGGCCAGCCAUUUUCAGUGUCCCAAGUCUACAGAUGACGAGAGGAAGCACCCAACCCUGUGCCUGUUUUGUGGGGCCAUGCUGUGCUCUCAGAGCACUUGCUGCGUCAGCCAGCUAGAUGGGGAAGAUGUGGGAGCGUGCACCGCCCACGCUGCUACCUGUGGUGCUGGUGUGGGAAUGUUCCUGAGGAUAAGAGAGUGUGAAGUUAUUCUGAUGGCCAGUAAGACUCGAGGAAGCACAUACCCUGCUCCUUACCUGGAUGAUUACGGGGAGACUGAUCCUCACCUUGGAAGGGGCAAUCCAUUGCACCUCUGCCCAGAGCGCUACAGGAAGCUGAACCAGCUGUGGCAGCAACACUGCAUCCUGGAAGAAAUAGCCCGCAGCCUGGAGGUGGUCAACGUGAUGUUUGCCUUCGAGUGGCAGACGUUGUGAGGAUUGCUCCAGCUGCGGUGGCCGGGAAAAAUAGAGCACAGCCAUUGAGCGCAAUCUGCUCCAGUGCUUCUGAGGCAUACACACAUGCGCACGCACACACACACACACACACACGCACACACACACACACACACAUUACAUAUUAACACAAGCAAAUAACCAUCCUACAAACAAAGGAGCAGCCGAUCCCUCCAUAAUAAAAGACCUGCUGGAGUCCAAAGAAGUUGGACAGUCACACGUUGCAGAGGAAGAAAAAAUGGAGGAAGAUGGAUUAUGUGCGAACCCAAGUCGCCUUGUUUUAAUUUGAUUGUCUGCUGUGAGAAUAAGUUUCUCCUCAAGUAAUCCUUAUUUGCAAAGAGGCUCAUUCAAAUAAAGACAAACAUCAGAUGCACACUGACAUGUUUCUGUUACCAGUUUCUGUAUUUGAUUUCAAUCCUGAGUGAUGCUGUGAAUUCUUUGCAUUCUCUUUUUUUGUGUUAGAAAUGAUUUGUCAUAAGUUAUAAUGUUGUCUCUCCAUUUGGAAAUGUGUUGGCUUGAUCAGAUAUCCUGUACAUUUUGGUUUUGCCCAUUACUUAUGUAGAUGGUUCAAAUAACGGAGCCGUGAGCUACUGUUACCUUUACGUACAUAUAGAACUUUGCUAUGGAUAAAACAUUUAUAGAAUAUAUUUUCAAAACUGAUUCUAUACUCAAGAAGUAUACAGUUGCCUGCUUCAAUGACUUCCUGAUAUAGAAGUUUUUCUGAAUAACAUACUCAGACAUAUUUUGAAAGUAUUAAUUUGUUCUCACCAACCUUAAAAAACAACUUAUGUGAAUAUGAGUUUAUGGGAUGCUCCAUUACAAAAAACAAAAUGUAUUAUCCCAAACUGACUUAGAAUGAUAAGAUAUUUACUGCUGUAAUAGGUCAACCUUUCAACGUGUUUAUUCACAUAAAAAUCAAAUUUAAGUUAAGAAACUAUUGCAAUAUUCUAUUUAAGACAAAAAAUUUAAAUUGUAUUGAAAUCUAAUGAUAUAUUUUCAGUUGCAUUCAUUUUUUUUUUUUUAUCAUUUUCAGGAAGAAAAAAAAAUGUGAAUAUCAUAUUUCUUUUUCCCUUUGUGUUGUUAGUCAGAACUACAUGAGACUUCCAGGUUGUGGGAAUAAAGACACAAGCUUAUCUACACAUGAACAGUUCCUGUGCCCUGAAUCAAUCAGAGUGCAAUAGUAUCACAAUCUCCACUAAGUAAAAAUAAAAAAAUAUGUAAACAUUUUCAAUGUCUUGUUCACAUACAAUAAAUGAAUGAGCCAUUCUUCACCAUUAA